AUGGUACAGUCUUCCAAUUCUGAAGAGGGCGGUGAAAUUAGGAUAAGGAUCCCACCAGUUGGCGAAGAAAAUACACGAAAAUUCUAUGAAGCUUCAAAGGUUGCCUUGAAGAAAAUUAUUGAAGAGGACAAAGAUAUGGUUCAAAGUGUUGUGAACUUUUGUUCCAGUGAUAUUGAGAAUCCAUUACAUUUCAAUUACGAUGGUCCUGAUGAGCUAUCUCCCAAGGUCAAUGCCCUCCAACAAACUCCUCUUCACUUAGCUUCUAAAAAUGGCGACAUGGAGAUGGUUCGAGUUUUGCUCGACAAAAAUAGGAGUGCUUGCUUGGUUCGUGAUUUCAAUGGCUUGAUUCCUCUCCACCAUGCAGUGAUUGGAGGACAUGUUCAGAUGGUGAAGGAAUUGAUUCGUGCAAGACCAAGAUCUAUGUGGAUAAAGCUAAAAAAUGGUCAAACUGUUUUGCAUUUAUGUGUUGAAGAUAAUCAUUUGGAAGUCAUCAAGUUGUUGAUUGAAAUAGCUUUGUAUCACGAUGAAGAUUUUCUUGACAUAACUGAUGACGCUGGAAAUACCAUUUUAGAUAUGUCUCUAAAGUUGAAAAGAUUUGAGAUGUUGGAAUAUUUGCUCACAAUUCAAAAAAUGAAAAGGGGAAAAAUGAGCAUGAAGGAUGCAAUGGCAGCUCCAAAUGUGAUCAAAAGAAGUAAAAACUGGAACAUUCAACAAAGUAAAAGAAGGGAAGGGUCGUCCAAGAAGAAGAGAAAAGGGCAAUGGCAAAUUUGGAAGAAGAAUCUAAAAUACAAAGGGGAUUGGCUCCAAGAAGUGCAAGGCACAUUGAUGUUGGUGGCGACCGUGAUUGCAACCGUGACAUUUCAAGGCGCGAUCAAUCCUCCAGGAGGAACUUGGCAACAAGAUCAAGAGUUGACUAGUUGUAGAUGGAAACAAGAAGGACCAGUUCAUAUGGAAAUUCAAGAUGUAGGAACUGCAAUAAUGGCAUGCAAAUCUCUCCAAAUCUACACAAGUUACUUCAUAUCAAAUUCAAUAUCAUUCUUUGCAUCAGUUAGUGUGAUUUUAUUGAUCGUGAGUGGGUUUCCUUUGAAAAACAAGAUUUUUCGUUGGUUGUUGACAGUAGCCAUGACUAUUGCCGUUGUAUUUUUAACAUUUGCAUAUAUAAAUGGAACGGCAAUGGUUUUUAGGAAUAAAACUGCCCAAAGCUACUUGUUGGAUUUGCUUCAUGUUUGGUAUGGGUUGGUUGGGUUCCAUAGCGCUGCUCCAUUUUGCAGCUAUUACCUUUUCAGCGUUGUGCCUUGGCACCACGAAGCUGGGGCGGCGCCUGGAUCCUAG